AUAUAUUUAAACCCAAACCGUCUAAGCAAGCCACAAAACAUUGAAAUCAAAUUAAUAUUUUGCUAACUUAGCUUAUAACACAAUCACGCCUUAGUUAAUCAGUUGUUUUUCCUCAUCAUGGGUUACUCAGCUUUGGUAAGUAAGCUUGUCUGUUUUGCAAUUUUGUGCCUCGUGACUUUCGGUCCCAAGGCGGAAGGAGCUGUGACAUGUGGUCAAGUUGUGAACAACUUAACCUCUUGUGUUUCUUACAUUAUGUAUGGUGGGAACACUGUGCCUGCGCAGUGUUGCAAUGGAGUAAGAAACCUUAAUGCCAUGGCUCAAACCACCCCAGACCGUAGAGCUGUUUGUAGCUGCAUUAAGAAUGCUGUUAGCUCAAGUGGUUUCACUUACUCUAAUACAAACCUUAACCUUGCUGCUAGUCUUCCAAGGAGAUGUGGGGUUAACAUUCCUUACCAGAUCAGCCCCAAUACCGACUGCAACAGUGUGCACUGAUGUUGAAACAUGACGUGUGGAGAAGUCACUGAAGUGGGAAGUUAUGUUAGAUUAUAGUGUGUGGGAAUAAGAGGCUACUUUCAUGAGUGACGUGAGAAUGAUCAUCUGAAGUUGUUUCUUUAUGGCUUUGUACUAGUUUUAUUGUACUGUAUCGUGUGUUUGUGUGUACUGUGUGGUUUGUGCUAUUUGUGUAAGCUUAUUGUGGGAAGUGUGGCAGUAAUAGAGACUUAAGAAGUAGAACAAGUUGAUGGAUGUGAGUAAUCUGUUGUUGUUUAUUAACUAAUGAUGUGUUUUGUUUAUUUGGGAACAAAAUUUUGAAAACUUGAUUAGGCUAGAUGAAUGUUUUUACCUCAA